AUGGAUCGCGCACGGAAGCGCGAACUUCGCGCACUCAACGAGAGAGCCUGGAGCGGCGAAAAAGAUGUCUUCCCCGUCAGCGGCUCGCUCGACUCCUCUCUCAAGAAGAACACGGCCUUCAUCAAGAGACUGCGUACCGCCGUCACCGCCGCCACGCUGCCCACCUUCCUCCAGGAGAUCCGCACCCUGAGCCUGCACAAGUAUCUGUCCGAGAUCAUCUCGGCAUGCUAUGAGGGCCUCUGCAAGCUCAAGUCUCCAGGUGAAAUCGACGCCGGUGUCGAAAUUGUCAGCGCCCUCCACCAGCGCUUCGGUCCGGCCGAAUUCACGGAAUACCUCGCCUGGCUGCUCGGCAAGGGCAUGGCCACUCCCGACAAGAGCUUUCUCAAGACACUGUCCCCAGAGGCUCGUGAGAAGGAGGAAAAGGAGCGCAUCACCCGACAGCGGGCGCUGCUGCGCGUCAUCACCGAGCUCUGGCUCGUGGCCGUUCUGAGAACACUCGACGAUGCGACCAAGCCCGAUGACACAACCAAGGGCGCCGCUGGUAAGGUUCCAGAGCUCAAAGUGAGGAGCGGUGCCGGCAAGGCAACUGGCGGUGCCGAGCCUUUUCCCCUCGAAGUGCUCAAGGACCUCUUGGGCUACGACCGCGAACACGCCAACCUGCCUCUGCUUGUCGUCUUCGUCAAGGCCUUCAGCUGGGACAUUCUCGGGGUCAAGGCUGCAGGCGCUGAUGGCCGCAAGACAGUCGAGGAAGAUGGCAUGGCCAGUACAUUGAGCGCAGGCCGCUCUCAGGACGCCGACGGGAACACCGAGGCGAACGCGAGCGACCAGCCUCUGACCCCCCCGGACCUCGCCGACCGCUUUCGAUCCGUUCUGAAGCGAUACUUCGACGACGUCACAGCUCACAUUGUUCGCGAUCAAAAAUCAAUCCAGUCUCAAGCCCGGCGCAACGCUGAAGCCUACGUCAAGUCGGGCGAGGUCUUUGAAGACCGCCAGGCCAGCUACGAGAAGCUUGUCAAGGCACAGGACCGGCUGGUUUCGAACGCACAGGUCGUAGCCGACGCCAUCGGUGCCGAGAUGCCUGAUUUGAAAGAUGCAGAGGAUCCUCUUGCAACGUCAAGCGGCUCUAUUGGCUUGGUCAAGACGGGUGAUUACCUUCGCUCCAUGGCCGACGGUCCAGGCAUCUGGGCAGACGAAGAUGAACGGCGGUUCUACGAAAAUCUUGUAGAUCUCAAAGGCAAGGUCCCGCCUAUCCUUCUCGAGGAUGGCAAGAAGAAGAAAUCGGAUGGCGAUGAUCAAGUCGGCAGGAAGGUCGACCCGGCCGAAGGCUCUGACUCUACCAAGGCGGAAGUAAACGAUGACCAGUCCACGGCGAUCGCAAACAAGACGAUUGGAGCGCAGGUAGAUGCCUUGUUAGCCCGACUUCCGGAGCUCACGAACAAAGACGCCAUCGACCAGACUGCUGUCGACUUUUGCUUUCUCAACUCCAAGGCGUCGCGCAACCGGCUGGUCAAGGCCCUGACCGAAGUACCCAAGGGUAGAAGCGACCUGCUUCCGUCUUGGUCCCGCCUUGUUGCUACCUUGGGCCGAUAUAUGUCAGAUGUUCCGAAGGGGCUGGUCGAGUACCUCGAUGCCGAGUUUCGCAGCUUGCAACGCCGCAAGGACAAAGAUUUUCUCGGCCAAGUGCGACUAAGCAAUAUCCGAUAUCUGGCAGAGCUUACCAAGUUUGGCGCUGUGCCUGAGCACGUUGUGUUCCACUGCCUGAAGGUUAGCCUCGACGACUUUUCGCGGAUGAACAUCGAGAUCCUCUGCAAUUUGAUCGAAAACUGCGGCCGAUAUCUGCUCAAGAAUCCGGAUACCGCCCCACGAAUGGCCAGCUUCCUCGAGACGCUGCAACGCAAGAAAUCUGUUCAACACAUCGGACAGCCGGAAAGGAUGCUGAUUGACAAUGCCGUGUACUACGUUGACCCGCCGGAGCGGCCUGCCAUUGAGCAGGAAGAGCGAACGCCAAUGGAGCUCUUUGUUCGCAAGCUCGUCUACACAGACCUGACCAAGAGGAAUUAUGGCAAGGUUUUGAAGCAAAUCAGGAGGCUUCAUUGGGAAGAAGCCGAUGUCGUAGCAAUCCUUGAAAAGGUCUUCUCGAAGCCGGGCAAGGUUAAGUACGGGAACAUUCAUCUCCUUGGCAUCCUGCUAAGCGCCCUCCAUCGCUACCACCCCGACUUCGUGGUCAAGGUUGUCGACAACGUGAUUGAGUCCGUCAGUUUCGGCCUCGAGGUGAACGACUUCCGGUUUUUCCAGCGUCGCAUCGCUGAAGUCAAGUACCUCGGAGAGCUUUACAACUACCGCAUGCUGGAGCAUCCUGUAAUUUUUGACACGCUAUACAAGAUCAUGACCUUUGGCUACGGAGGACCGCCCGUACCCGGUCGCUUCAACGCGUUUGAUCCCCCAGACGACUUCUUCCGCAUCCGCCUUGUCGCCACCGUUUUGGAGACAUGCGGAAUGUUCUUCAAUCGUGGGGCUGCGGGGAAGAAGCUGGAUUACUUUCUUUCCUUCUUUCAGUACUACGUGUUCACCAAGGCUUCACUUCCCAUGGAAAUUGAGUUCGUCGUACAAGAUAUUUUCGCGCUCACGCGGCCACAGUGGAAGAUGGUCGCUGGUUUGGAGGAGGCGGCCAAGGCCUUCCAGCUUGCCAUCGCCCAGGACCAGAAGACGGCAGGGGCAGACAAGCAAGCCGAGCCGGAUGAUGUGUCUAGCGGAGACUCAUCGGACGACGACAACGGCGACGUCGACGAAGUCGAGCCGUACGGCGAUGGGGAGGACGAGAGCGCCUCGGAGGAAGACGAGGUCGAACAGGACGACGACGACGAAUCUGUCCAUGACAGCGACUUCAACGACGAGGCGAUUGUGGUCACGCGGCAGGAGGAGACGGUCGACCCGGAGGACGACGCUGACUUCGAGCGGGAGUAUGCCAAGAUGAUGGCCGAAAGCCUCGAGUCGCGCAAGUUUGAGCGCAAACCGCUCUUCGAUGUGCCCCUUCCGGUUCGGCCGAAGAACCGCGAAGCCUCGGCGGCGGGCCCGCAGAGCGAGGAAGCGCCGCCUGCGAGCAGCAGCACCAUGGCGUUUGCACUGCUAACCAAGAAGGGCAACCGCCAACAGACGCGGACGGUGGAACUUCCAUCGGACUCGACGUUGGCGAUUGCCAUGAAGACGCAGCAACAGGCGGAAAAGGAAGAGCAGCAACGCAUCAAGAAUCUGGUCCUCAACUACGAUCUCCAACAGAGCGAGGAUCAAGAGCCUCACGAACGGCCGUCGACAUUCUACCAUAACCGAGUUGAACGGCCGAGUAAGGAUCGUGGCCAGAGGGUUCGGAAACUGCAGCUGAGCGACGUCGACUGGUGA